AUGAACUGCCAGACGUCUCCGUCGUCUAUUUUCUCCCCGUCAUCUCUUUCCUCCGCAGUUAUCGCUCCCUCCUCCUCUCUCGUCUGUUCAUCACUACCCCGUUCCUCUCCCCUUCCGCGUCAGCUCAAUUCUCACCUCAAUUCGUCCACGACCCGCUCCCAUGCCGCUUCUUCCGUGUUUCGCGGCGCGUUUGACGGCCUGCACCUGGCUGAUGUGUUCCAACACGCGCAUCUGGCGGUCGCGCUGGUGCGUAUAGAACAGGAGGGGGCGGCGCUGGUGAUGGCGAGAACAGGAGGGAGCGACGCUGGUGAUGGAGAGCCUGGGAGUGCAGCAACACCACCUGCACGAGACAGCGCUGGCGCGGCUCAAAGGCGAGCUGGACCAGGACGGGCGCUCUCCUCUUCCUUGUUGACUGCAUUGACUGCGUUGACUUUCAGCUUGGGAGUGCUGCAGCAUCGCCUGCAUGAAGCAGCAUUGGUGCGCCUCAAGGGCGAGCUGGACCGGGAUGGCCGCUCCUCGGAAUUGAUCACCAACCCCUCCUCGCGUCCCUCCACCAGCCCCACCAGUCCUAGUAGCAGCAAGAGUCCCAGUUCGCCAGUCCGCAAGGGGCGUGGGAAGAAAGCAGCAGCGCAGCAGAGCGCGUUGGAGCAGUUAUGCACGGAUCUAACAGCCAUGGUUGCGCAAGGGGAGAUCGACCCGUCCCACCCCACGCUACCCCAACCCACCCUACCGCAUUCCUCCCUAUCCCACCACCAACCAGCAGCGCAGCAGAGCGCGUUGGAGCAGUUCUGCACGGAUCUAACGGCCAUGGCGGUGCAGGGAGGGAUCGACCCCGUGAUUGGCCGAGAGGAGGAGGUCGCCAGGGUGAUCCCCGCUCAUCGAACCAGCAACAACCAGCUGCUGCUAGGCGAACCAGGGGUGGGCAAGACGGCUUUAGAUCCUUGCUCGUCGCACCGUGAACAACCCUCUGCUGCUGGGCGAGCCAGGGGGGGCAAGACGGCCAUCUCCCCCUUUUCUAUGCCUCUGUUCGUCCUUUCGUCCCCUCUCUCACUCUUCCAUUCUCCCGCCCUCCUCUCUUGCUCCUUACCCCCUCAGAUCCAAGCUCGUCGCACCAAGAACAACCCGUUGCUGCUGGGGGAGCUGGGGGUGGGCAAGACGGCCAUGUAUAGCCCUCUUUUCACGCAACCGCUUCCCCCUGUUUCUCACCUCCCAAUUCUCGCGUUUUCUCCUUCUCCUCCCCCUCAGAUCCUCGCUCGUUGCACCAAGAAUAACCCUCUGCUGCUGGGCGAGCCAGGGGUGGGCAAGACGGCCAUAGCGGAGGGUUUGGCGCUGCGCAUCGCCGAAAACGAUGUGCCACCGUUCCUGCAGGUGAGAGGUCAUGUUGCUGGGGUGGAAAUGGGGACGGCCAUUGCAGAGGGGCUGGCGCUGAGGAUCGCCGAGAACGACGUGCCACCGUUCCUACAGGUGAGCGGUGUUGUGCUGCGGAGGGAAUGGGUUGACAGGGGGACAGGGUGCAUAGCAAAGGGGUUGGGCAAGGCAGCCGUAGGGGAGGGCUUGGCGGGAAAGCGCCUUCGGUCGCUGGACAUGGGGAGGGUGAUGGCAGGAGCAAAGGAGAGGGGGGAACUGGAACUCAGAGUGACUAUGCUGGUGGCAGAGGCGGUGGCAGCAGCGGGGGAGGUGAUCCUGUUGAUAGAUGAGGUGCAUACGAUGGUGGGAGCUGGCGCCGUGGGGAGGGGACGGGACGGCGGAGGAUCGGGAUUGGACAUCUCGAAUCUGCUCAAGCCUGCCUUAUCACGCGGCCAGAUUCAGCUGGAGCCGCAGGAAGGGGACGAGGCAGGUGGGGGUUCAGCUUCAGACAUCUCUAAUCUGCUCAAAACUGCUUUGACUAGGGGAAAGAUUCAGUGCAUCUCCACCACAACCACCAAUGAGUUUUGCGAGCACCUCGAGAAGGACAAGGCUCUGGCUUCGCAUCUAAUGCACUCCCACUUGCCCCCACCCUCCCCUCCCGCCCGCUUACACUCUAACCCCUCGCUUACACACCUUCUCCUCCUCAACCACCAGUGCAUUGCCACAACCACCACCAAUGAGUUUUGCAAGCAUCUGGAGAAGGACAAGGCUCUGGCUAGGCGCUUUCAGCCAGUCACUGUGGACGAGCCUUCAGAGGCGCUUUCAACCCGUGACUCUGGACGAGCCCUCAGAGGUGAGUGGGAUGCUCUUUUAUCGUGUGCGGAGAGGGCCAAAGCAUUGGCCAUGCGGUUUCAGCCGCUGACUGUGGAAGAGCCAUCAGGGGUGAGUGGGUGGCUGUGUUUUGAGUCGACUCAAAAGUUUCAGCCGCUGACCAUGGAAGAGCCAUCAGGGGUGAGUGGGUGGCUGUGUUUUGAUUCGACUCAAAAGUUUCAGCCGCUGACCAUGGAAGAGCCAUCAGGGGUGAGUGGGUGGCUGUGUUUUGAGUCGACUCAAAAGUUUCAGCCGCUGACCAUGGAAGAGCCAUCAGGGGUGAGUGGGUGGCUGUAUUUUGAGUCGACUCAAAAGUUUCAGCCGCUGACUAUGGAAGAGCCAUCAGGGGCCCGCCACAAGUGCACUCUCACCGACUCUGCCCUGGCAGCAGCCGUUUCCCCCUCCUCUCAUGUCUUGUUCCUCUCUCUCCUUCCCCCCUUUCCUUUUCCCGCCUCCCAAGAAGCCGUUCUAGCCAUACUUCCAAGGUCUGCGCCACCUGUACGAGGCACACCACAAGUGUGCUCUCACUUCAUGGCAGCUGUGGCCCUCUCCCCUCUCCCCUCUCCCCUCUCCCCUCUCCUCGCGUCUCAUCCCCAAUCGCUGCCUGCCCGAGGGGACAUUGACCUGAUAGACGAGGCGGCGAGCAGGAGCAGGGAGGCGGCUCUGGCGAUUCUGCACGGCCUGAGGCACCUAUACGAGGCACACCACAAGUGCACUCUCACGGACGAUACUCUGGCAGCAGCAGUCACCCUCUAUGCUUGUUUCAUCCCCGAUCGCUGCCUGCCCGACAGGGCAAUUGACCUGAUAGACAAGGCGGCUAGUAGGAGCAGGGUGGAGGGCAGCAAGGGGAGGAGGCGGCGGGCGAGUGGGGUGCUGGAGAGGGGUGCAGAGGAGUACUGGCGGGAGAUUCGCAUGGCGCAGGCUGCACACGAAGCGGUGAGAAUGGGUGCAAUGCGUGCCUCAAAGCGAGAAGCCUGUAGGAGCAAGGUGGAGGGUAGCAAGGGGAGGAGGAGGAGGGUGAGUGGGGUGCUGGAGAGGGGUGCAGAGGAGUACUGGCGGGAGAUCAGGAUGGCGCAGGCUGCACAUGAAGCGUGUGGCAGUAGAGCAGCGGCAGGGGAGGCGGCCUGCCGCAAAGCUCUCACCUCAUUCACCUCUUUCCUCUCCCUCUGCUGUGUUCCCUCACUCCUCAUCUGUUACUCCUCAUCUGUUCCCUUGCUCCCCUUUUCCCUUGCUCUUUUGCUCCUUCGUUCACUUGCUCCCGCAUAUGCUCGCCAGAAUCCCUUCACCUCGCUCACCUCAUUCCUCUCUCAAGACCACGUUCAUGCCGACACCACCACCGCUGCUGAUGCCGCUGCUGCUGCUGGUCGCUCCAAGAGUGGCAUCACUGGCAGUGACAAGGAGGACGGUCUCACAAACAAUCACACCCACGCUGACACCACCACGGCUGCUGACGCCGCCGCUGCUGCUGGUCGGUCCAAGAGUGGCAUCACUGGCAGCGACAAGGAGGAUAGCACCACGGCUGCUGACGCCGCUACCGCUGCUGGUCAGUCCAGGAGUGGCAUCACUGGCAGUGACAAGGACGACAGCCCCACGGAGAUCACAGCAGAGCACAUAGCAGCAGUGGCCGCCCACUGGACCGGUAUCCCCCUGCAGCAGCUCUCCCUCUCGGACCAGCAGCACCUGGCAGGGCUGGAAGAGGCACUAGAGACGCGCGUGGUGGGGCAGGGGGCAGCUGUGCGGGUGAUAGCACGGGCGGUGCAGCGAGCGAGGGUGGGGUUGAAGGGGGAGGGAAGGCCGGUGGCGGCUCUGCUGUUCUCGGGACCUACCGGGGUGGGGAAAACGGAGUUGUGCAAGGCACUGGCAGCUCACUACUAUGGAUCGGAAGAUUCCAUGAUUCGUCUAGACAUGAGUGAGUACAUGGAGCGCCACGCUGUCAGCAAGCUGAUUGGAGCGCCGCCCGGCUACGUGGGGUACGGCGAGGGCGGCAAGCUCACGGAGGCCGUCCGCAGGCGGCCGUUUUGUCUUAUUCUCCUGGACGAGAUCGAGAAGGCACACCCGGACGUCUUUAAUCUCCUGCUGCAGAUUUUCGAAGACGGGCGGCUUACUGACUCGCAGGGCCGCCACGUGUCGUUCAAAAACGCCCUGAUAGUCCUGACGUCCAAUGUGGGCUCUCAGGCCAUUGCAAGGGGGGGCACCCACCGAAUCGGCUUCCUCACUCCAGGAGAAUAUGCAUCUGCUGAUGGGAAUAGGGGGAGAGAUGGGGGCAGAGAGGGACGGGCGGAUGCGGGGCGGUAUGCGGCGAUGAAGGAGGUGGUGAUGGAGGAGUUGAAGGCGCAUUUUCGACCGGAGCUCAUGAAUCGGAUUGAUGAGGUGGUGGUGUUCCGAGCACUGGAGAGGGAACAGUAUGCGGCAAUGAGGGAGGUGGUGAUGGAGGAGUUGAAGGUGCACUUCCGGCCUGAGCUGAUGAAUCGCAUUGACGUGGUGGUGGUGUUCCGAGCAUUGGAGAGGGGAACAGCACAAGUGGGGCGGUAUGCAGCGAUGAGGGAUGUGGUGGUGGAGGAGUUGAAGAUGCACUUCCGGCCAGCGCUCAUGAAUUGGAUUGAUGAGGUGGUGGUGUUCCGAGCAUUGGAGAGGGGAACAGGUGAGCAAGAAAUCAGGCAGUAUGCAGCGAUGAGGGAGAUGGUGGUGGAGGAGUUGAAGGGGCAUUUCCGGCCAGAGCUGAUAAACCGGAUUGAUGAGGUGGUGGUGUUCCGAACUUUUGAGAAGGAACAGAUCCGAGUGAUUGCUAACAUGAUGGUCAAGGAGUCGGCUGAUAGACUUGCACAGAAGGGAAUCAACCUGGAAAUUUCUGAAGUACUCAUGGAGCGGAUUUGUGAGGAGGGGUACGACAGGGCGUAUGGGGCGCGUCCACUGCGAUGUGCCGUCACGCGAUUGGUCGACGAUCCAAUCAGCGAGGCUGUGCUGGCAGCGGGGGAAAGCAGCAGCAACACCAGGCACCGCCACCGCCGCGUCAGCAGCAGUGACCUGUCGGAAUCUCUACCAUCCGUUCCUUCGGUGCUGCUCCCUGCGAUCGCAGCUGACGCCAAAGAAGAUGACACCAGCGCACCCCUGGGUGACGUCAGCGGGGUCAGGGAGGGCGCGUUCACAGCUGGCGACACAGCACUGGUGGAUGUCGGGGAGGAUGGGGAGCCGGUGGUGAUCCGCCUGCCUCGCCCUGACGUGUGUGAGAUGGGUCUGUGCCUUCCGUUUCUCAAGCUCCCUGCUGCCGCUGCUCCCACUCUGAGGGAUGCUUUCGGUCGCUUUUUGGAACGGAAAUGGAUGUGA